GUUGUCUUUUUUAGGGAAGUGUAACUUGCUGUUUGAUUGUGAAUUCGUCUUUCCUGUGGUAUGGCCGCUAUCACUAAAAAGCCUGUGGACGACGACGCCAGUGUUGGAGGUGACAUGUCUCUGGAGGACAAGCUGGCUUACUUGGAUAAGGAAAUUCGGCUGCUACACCGGUUUUGUACAGAAUCUGGCUACAGCCAACAACACAUCGCACGAUGUGCCGAGCCAUUUUUCAGGCCCAUAAGAGCAGCCAAGCGGAAGAAAUUGAGGUGUCAUCUGAUUCUGAUGGCAGCAGCAGUGGCCGUAUUCUCAGCUCUGCUCUAUAUCGAUCCAGCGUACAGACUAGUGGUUUCCACAGGGCGACUGGCGUACAUAAAAAUUCUUCCUUAUUGGAAUUGGUCAGCCAUGUUUGACUGGAAUUGUCUCAUCAACAAUCCAUUGUAUACAGAUGACUUGAAGGAGGAUGAUUGCAAAUCCUGUGUGGCUAUUGAGGCUAUAGAGAGAGCAAGUAAUCUGGACUCCGUCUACUUCGGAGAGGUUUAUCUUAAGAAAGAUGUCCCAGUGAUUGUAGAGGAUGGAUUGAAAGGCUGGCCGGAAAACAACAUAACCAUCGCUAAAAUCAAGGAACUGUAUGAAGAGAACAAGGUUAUGGCUCAACACUCUGUGUGUAACAUGACGAGCAGUAUCACAGUCAAGAAAGACAAAUAUCAUCCUAUCCACAGAAAAGUGCUCGACGAGAUGAGAAACCAGAAAUUCUUUCUGCAGUGGGAGAAUUGUCAGCCGAAAGCAGGAAAGAUGUUCCGAUCAGAGUUCUACCGUCGACCGUACUUUAUGCCUCAGAUGGUAGAAGUUGAUACAAGUAACUGGCUGUUGAUGUCCCGUGGGAAACCAAAAUCAGAGGCUCAACCAGUACUGAUACCUAUCCACAAGCAGCUACUGAUUCUGAUCCAACUGAAGGGUGAAGUGGAGGUACACAUCGUACCUGACAAGUUGUGUGAGACGCAGUGUAAAUCACUAACAGCAGUUGUCGCCGAGGGACAGAUACUUUCCGUGACAAUGACAGAUGUUCUGUAUGACGUCCUUUAUCUACCGUACGGGGAUGAAGAAAACAUCUCAGUAGCAAUAUCGGGAAUUUAUGAUUAAAUCAAAGGACAUUACUAGAUUGAGUGAAAGGAUUGAUUUACCUAACACCAUCCGUGAAGAUCUUACCAAUGAUAAAGUCACAUCUACUGCAGAAGAUUUAAAAAUAAGGAGGAAAACGUGGUUCAUUGUGAGAUGUACUAGUUGUCAAUGAAAUUUCUUGGCGAGAAGAUAAGAUUUUUGAUUUUAUUUUUGUAAUAUCAAAAUAUCACUUUGAAGAAAUUGUCUGCAAGUUCUCGCCUCUGAUGUUCUAGUUGUAUGUAUUUCUGAUAAUAAAGUCAGACACAUUUUAUAUCAUUACUGUCUUAAACUUCUGUCAAUAAAAAUUCUACAGUAACUUGCUUUUAAGGAAACCAAGAUAGAUGCAUGUAGUAGUAAUCCAAAUAGUUUGUGUAAUAAAGUUAGUUAUAUAGAAGUAUAAUAAAGCAAAAAUUUUCUGUCA